AUGGGACUCAGCUGCUUCAAGUCCUGGAAACAUGACAGUACAGGCCACAAAGGGAACAGGGACGUAUUGGCCAGUCCAGGCUCGUAUUUCUUCCUUUCUAACAGCGCCGGUCAGGGAGACGAGUGGCUGAAGAGCCUCAAUAAGGGAGUCUGGAUCCCUUUCACAGGGGUUUUUGGUCAGCGUCUGGAGGAGACCGUGCUGUAUGAGCGGCGUUACGGGGUGCGUUUGGUUCCUCUGGUGGUGGAGCAGUGUGUAACCUUCAUCAGGGAGCGUGGCCUGAAUGAGGUGGGCUUGUUUCGCCAGUCAGGACAGGCCAGUCUGGUCAAGGAGCUGCAGGAGGCUUUUGAUGCCGGGGAGAGGCCCUCCUUUGACAGUAGCACAGAUGUCCACACGGUGGCGUCACUGCUGAAGCUCUACCUCAGACUGCUGCCAGAGCCACUUGUUCCUUACAAGCGUUACCAGGACUUCUUAAUCUGUGGUCAGAAGCUGUCCAGUGACAGAUCACUGGGCUUGGGGGAAUUGAGGAAUCUUCUUCAUGAGCUGCCAGUUGCAAAUUUCAAUCUGCUCAACUUCAUCUGCCAGUUUCUGAAUGAAGUCCAGAGUUACUCCAGCAGUAACAAGAUGAGUGGGCAAAACCUGGCCACUGUGUUCGGGCCAAACAUCCUCCGAGCCAAAGCUGAAGAUCCGCAAAGCAUUAUGGGAGGUGCAACAUUGGUCCAGGUGUUAAUGUUGCAGCUGAUCAGAGAACACGAGUCUCUGUUCUCCAAAAUCCCCCCAUCCAUUUCCGCCCGUCCUCUUGGAGGUUCGCACGCAUCUCCAAUUGCUCUGAGGCAGCCCCAUCUCCACCCGACUCCCUGCCUCCGCCAGUUGUCGCUGCCUCUCAUCACAGAGCCAGGACAGAUCGCCGCAGAAGGACACAACCCAAGCGUUAUCUCCUCUGCUGCUGUCAAAUCAGAAUUGUCUUCAGGCCAGAAGAGACUUCUUGGUCAUCGCUACACCUCCUCUCACCCAGAGAACUGUUUCUACCCUCUACCCUCCACCAGUCAGCCCCUUCAGCACCAUGCUGAAGGACACAACAUAGAUUACCACCAGCACCAUGCUGAUCAAGGAUCAUCCUCUGCAAAUGUUGAAACCUCCACUACCAGUCUCCAGCCACAGGACCCACUGAUAGACAGCUCCAAGUCCAGAUCUAUGCUCACAGGCUGGGCAGAGGCCUGGCCAGGCUUGGAAGAGGCAGGGGCUAGUUUCUGGAGCUCUGGUGCUGCAGAGGAAGAGAGUACAGUGCCCAAAGCAGCCAGUAGGGGCAGCAGUGAGGCUCAAGAGGAUAGCACCCUGUCUGUCUAUGACAACAUGGACAAAGUGUCUCUAUGUCAGAGGAUGUCAGAGGAUGGAGAACGUCACAGUAAAAAAGUUGUAGGCGGCCAUAUUAGAACUUGUGAAGAGGAGGUGGAAUUAGAGGAAAGGCAGACAGUAGACUCCUCCUCUUCAUGGUCCUCCUGUGAGAUUUUCCCACUGGACGAGAUUAGCGAUGCUGUGGAAGGGGUUAGUCCUGACAUGGCACCAAAGAGACCAACAAGGCUACCUUCAAGUCAAGUAGCAGAAGAUGAAAGCAGUGAUACUGACGAUCAUGGUGACAACGACAAUGCCAAUGAUGAUGAUGAUAAUGUAGAUGAUGAUGAUGGCGGUGGUGAUGAUGGUGAUCAUGCCCAUUAUUAUAAUUCUCCAGCCUCCUGUUCUGUGCUAAGUAACAGCCCUCUCAGUACAGGCAGCUCAGAGGUGUUCCUUCCCUCUGGUCCUCCAGAUGUCCAGGAGCCUGAAUCUCAGUCACAGCCCAGGGACGCUCACUCACUCCUGGCUGAGCUGCGGCAGCAGAUGGCCCAGCAGAAGGCUGAGUACCAAGCCAGGAUACACAGGUUGGAGCGUUGUAACGACGUCCUUGAGCGGCAGGUUGCAAUACUGCGGGUCAGUCUGGAGCAACAGAAGCACAGCCAGAGCGUCGCAGAGAUCAAGAUCCGCAACAUGGAGCAAGCCAAAGCUGACGCAGACCAGCGAAACACCACACUUCAGAGAGAGAUGGAGGUCUUCUUCCAGAUGUAUGGAGAGAUCAGAAAAAGAGGAGGAGGGGAUGAAGGAGAAGAAGGAGGGAGUAGGAGAAAACGCAUCUUACAGAGCCUCUGA